AUGGUCAGGCAGGCCAAGCUGGCUGAAGAAGAGGACCUGAACCUGAUGCAGUGGAGCCAACAGCUGGAAGCAGAGAAGGCUGAAGCGACUUCUCACGCCGAGCCGCCGACCGCAACUUCUGAUUCCGAGUUGCUGCCACUGAGCAUGGAAGAUGCGCCGCCGCCCCCAGGGCCUGCCAGGGUUCGAACUGUGGCAGACUUGAUGGAGAAGGACCCAGAAGAUGUUCUCGAGAAGAUGACACAAGUGGUACGGCUCCAAGCAAACAAGAGACAAGCAUCGUUUACCAGCCCUCCCGGGCCUCGAACUCGGGCGCGGACAGCUGCGGAUGCAGGUGCAGCUGACAUCGAGACCCUUCCAUUGUUGCGCCGUAGCGGCCUCAAGCGGAAGCCUCGACUUCCGGGUCUUUCGGAUGCCGCCAGUGCUCCAGGACAAUCUCCUAUCGACACUUUCUUCGAUGGCCUUCUGCACACGAUGAGCUGCCUUGCCAGCAGAACGGUUCAGGCUGCCUGGCUGGCCCUCCUCGUGCUCCGAGUUUCCGGGGUAUCCCUGGAUGGUCAUGCUGGGCACAAAGCUGCUCUGAAGCUCGAUGAGGAGUCGCAUGACUCAGGUUCUGUCUUGGUCCAGCUGAAUGCGACUGUGAAGCCGGGAGCGAAGCCAAACGAGACAGAACCGCCUGUGGUACACACCCAAAAGAUUGAAGAUACCAUCAAGGAAUCUGUCACGACCAAGAAGGGCAAAAUCGCUCGUGAGACCAGCACCAAAGGCAAUGGCACCGAGUCUGCAACAGACUCAGACGCCUUGCAGAAUGGGACACAGGUUGACGAGCACACGGCCUUUGCUCACGCGCACUACCAAAAGAAUGCAACAAAUGGGACUGACAUUUCUGUCGUCGUCCGGAUCGCCGAGCCGAAUCAAGUCAUCACCCUGUACCUGUUCAUCUUCGUUCCACUGGCAAUGGCCUGGACCUACUACUACUAUCGAGGCUCCGAGGGUACUUCGCAACAGCAGCUCUACCUGCUUCUGCUGCAGCUCAGUGUUGCGGCCCUGAACCUGGGCACGGUUCUGGUGAACCAGUCACUUUGUGUUCUGAUGAAGGCGCCGAUGGCGCUCACAGCUAUGCAAAGUGUCGCUAUGCUCGUGUUCGGAUCUGGCCUUACCCUGGUGCACUUCUGGAGAAGCGAAUCCAGGCCAACUUUUGGUGCCUUGCGAAAAGAUUUGACGCUUUGGCUGCCGGCUGCAGCAGCUUUUGGUGUCUAUCAGUUAGCUGACCACUUCGAGGCCAACUUUUGUUCGCUCUCGGAGCGAACAGUCUUCGGAAAUUUGGCACCCGUCCUGGGUCUGUUUCUUGAACUGAGCCUCGCGUCCUUCAUGCAACCGCGAGCAUCUGAGAAAGCAUCUGCCAACCUGUCGUCCAAGAUGGCGCUGGCCGCCAAAGUUUUCGGAGCGACUAUCUUCGCGCUGCAGUAUCCAGACUUCAAUGCCAAAGGUAUGGAGGUGUCAACGUAUUAUGUCAUCUCCAUGGUGAUCUACAGGCUCGUGCAGCGUUGUAUUUUGGGCCAUGUGCAUAGCCCUCUCGCCGUCCUUUCAGCAAUUGACGGUGCUGUCUGCUUCGUGAUCGCGGGAUGCCUGAGCAGAAAUGAAGUUGAUGAUAUGUCUGAGUCUCUACAUCUGUGGUGGAGCAACGGAUCCAUAAGAACAAUGCUCGCUUUAUCCUUCGUGGUCUUCAGUAUCGGACACUGGACCACGCUGCACCUUGUGAAUACAGACACAGCCACGGCGGUGAUGGUUAUCGGCAAUAUCUCCAGUGGUUUCAGUGUCUUUCAAGGUAUUCUGUUUUUCCAUGACGACGACUUUCAACGGCCCAUGGCCUUUGCUGGAAUCCUGAUUGUGAUUUUUGCCGGCAUCUGGUGGACGAUUAACCAAAGCAUGGGUGCUACUGACAAGGGUGAAAAGCAGAUAGACGAAGACGUUGUUGCAGUGUCUGCUCCUGAAGACGGACAGUGUGACAUGGGGCCAAUGCGACAGACGACAGUAGUCGAUGAGCGAGACAAGCCUCCUGCACCUCCCACGAAUUUGGCAUUGGGUUUCCUCCAUGCCGGCUACGUCCCUCCUGUUCUCCCUAAAGCAGCUUGGCUGCGUUGGUCCCACGCCAUGUCGAGCUCCUCAGCCCGGACAAGGACCCUCCCCGCGCUCCAGGAUCUUCGGUGUGAGAUGCGUCCUCAUGAUGUUCGCCGGGUCGUGCUACUGUGCGACAUCUUCCAGAUGGCUACCACCUACAAGCGUGUGACGCUUGAAGUGUUGUAG